AUGCGGCAGUGGGGGCGGCACGGCAAGAUCUCCAACAUGCACGUGGAGCGCCUCCUGGCGCAGUUUAGACAGGCCUCGAAUAUCAAGAGUGGCCACGCGCCGUCGGUGCACCGCGCGAGCUCAGGCGGGUUUUGCUCGCAGUGGCGCCAGGAACACAUUGCCGCCGGCGGGAAGGACCCGUCCAGGACAACUCGCCGAGACCUUUUGGAGAAAGGCGUGCCGUUGAAGGCGGGCCAGGCGAGUCGCCGCGUGCCGGGCACGGUGAGGGCUCAUUUCUUGUUCGCGAGCAAUCGCUGGAACAACGAGGGCAGGGGGUCUGGCAUGAGCUACAAAGCUUUCAUGAGGCAGGCGUGCGCCAUGUACGAGGAUCUCUCGCAAGACGAGAAGGACCCGUGGGAGGUUGAUGCCCGGAACCGAUCUGAUGCAGGCCGCGCAGCUGCGGGCGAGGGCGCAGAGGUCGGCCCAGACCAGGCCCGCGCUAGGGAUGAAUCCGCACCGUGGGGCCUCGCCUCUGAGAAGCUCCCCCUCGACCCCGAGAAGGCCCGGGAGUACUUGGCGAGGGUGUUCGAGAUCGACUUGGGGCCGAAGAGCGGUUUCUCCACGUGGGGCCCCUCCCUGUCCGACGAUUUCCUAGAGAGCAUGUUCAUUUUGGAUUCAGGCAUGGUUCCCAAGGAUGUCUCUUUCGUUCGGCAUUUGUCGUGCCGACAGUCUCAUUACGGCAUGUGCAUGCAACAGGAUCGGGACAUCGCCGCGACGUCUUUCUUGGCUCGGCAGCUGCACGGCGCCCAUCGCGAGACGACUACGUUCUGGGAGAUCGCCAUUUCAGGCGAGGGCGUUGAUGAUGAUGAUUUUCAAAUGUUCGUCUUCGUCGGAGUCGCCAGACACAGGGGCCCUCGCGUCAACUUGUACCUCGCCGCCGACGUGGAGGGCAAUAUCAUCACAGCUGACCUCUCUUCGAAGCACACCUCAUGGUCUCUAGCUCUAAUCUGCGCGCGGCUGACCCCGCCAGAGAUCAUCCCAAGAGUGGCGACGAGGUCGCUGGCGACCACACCGCUGUAUGAGUCCCUCUUGAAGGCGAGGCUGGGCGCCCAUGGUGCUGGGGCGUGGCUCCAGUUGUCUGAGAAGCAGAAGCGCAACCCCAAGUUUGUCGACGAUGAGCAUAAGAUGUUCACCGACGGCAUCAAGUCGUUCAGCGAGAAGCGCAUCCGCAAGAUGCCAGAUGUUAAGGAGGUCGGCCCCAAGGCCAAGGGCGAGUGGGCCGUCAUCAAGGCCAUGAGGCAGAAGCACGUGUGGUCCAAGGGGGCGUGCGUGGGCUGGGGCGCGACCUGCGGCUUGCACUCCAACGAUUCCGACAAGCCCGACUUGAAGUGCAAGACGCGCAUUGACUUCGGGGUGGGGGGCUUGUCGCCGGAGGAGUGCCAGUUGCGGUUGAAGAGGUGGCUCAUCGCUGGCCUCGCCAUCGAGGAUGUUGGGAACCCCGCGGCAAGGGCCGAUCACCUCGGCCUGAAGGCGCGGUCGUUCGCGGGGGGCCUGAGCGCCGCGGAGCGCGACGCAGCCUUGACAGGGGCAGGCUCAACGUGA